ACCAUGUCUGGACGCGGCAAGGGAGGAAAAGGCCUCGGAAAGGGAGGCGCUAAGCGUCACCGAAAAGUUCUUCGUGAUAACAUCCAGGGUAUUACCAAGCCAGCCAUCCGUCGUUUGGCUCGUCGUGGAGGUGUCAAGCGUAUUUCCGGUUUGAUCUACGAGGAAACCCGUGGUGUCCUCAAGGUCUUCCUGGAGAACGUCAUCCGUGACGCUGUCACUUAUACCGAACAUGCCAAAAGAAAGACCGUAACCGCUAUGGAUGUUGUCUAUGCCCUCAAAAGGCAAGGACGCACCCUCUACGGCUUUGGUGGUUGAACUGGACUGAUGAUCAAGGACUCACUGUCCGUAAAAAAACGGCCCUUUUCAGGGCCACCAAAUCUUACAAAAUCAGAAACAUUUUAUCGCAUCACAUUAUAUAGCUUGGACUGUUAAAGCAUUAUUUUAAUUUUUUUUAACACCAAUGAAAACAGGGUUUUGUAUAUGACAUUAUAUAAUAAUACCCCUUGUGUCAAAUGCCAGUCAUUUCAUUAAAGUUCACUCUAGGUCAGACCAGGAGCGAUUAAUUAGUUUCUUUGUUAUGCAUGCGUGCCGGAUUACUACAAUACCUUCAUUAAUUACAAAAUACCACUCUGCUCCAAUAUUUGAUUAUGUAUCGUCUUUUUUUCCUUUGUUCAUGAGUACAUCGGGUCUCAACAGUAAAUUCCCAUAAGACUCAAUGUAACAACAUCGGCUUAAGAGAUAUAUCGAGAACUUGUGUAAUUUAUACAAGAGGUAAAGGUGGCAGUAUAACAUUAGAUUAACGUAGUAAUGUGUCACGUCAAAUUUAAUGAACGUCGUGAAGUAUGCAUGAUGUAGCGUCAAAUUUAUAUACAAGUGAUUAUCAUGUAUGAAGUUGUUGAUAAAAUGGGCUAUACUUACGAAAUCGAGUUUCUGAAGGGAUUUUAAGAUACAGUCAGAUGAAUCGACGAAUUUAGAAUAGAAAAACUCAAUGCAAACGUUAUAGAUAUCGAUUCAUGUUUUUACCUCGUUAUGCGUUGGGAAACUGAAAAAACAAAGAAAUCCUCGUAAAACUUACUGACUAAAUUCAAGUUAUUUUUCUAGACAUAGUUGUCUGAAUAAAAAAUUGUCUUCGCACUCCUCAGAGUUCCGACAAUAAUAUGUAACUAUAAGUUCCGCUUGUUCGAGGUUUUGGGCAGCGAACGACACUGCAAACUGAACGACAAAGCAUUAGUAAU